UUAUUAUCCUAGUAUCAAAGGUUUAAAAUGUACGGAUAGAUUUGGAUAUUUUUGAAUUCAGUUCAGGUUUAGCCUCUGGUCAGUGACCUCGCAAUUGUUUGUGCACACGCCAUCAGAUGGGCACGCAGAUUGGCGGCUGGAGUCAGGCCGUCCCGCGGUGUCCUCAAUAUCUGUGUCCGUGAGGACGAACAACCCUAUCCACCCACCAGAUUCUUGCCUCACUGCAAACACAAGUUGAUGCAACGCAUCGCCUUAUCUCCAACUUGUUUUUGGAAGCCUGUGUGGCCUGGAGUGACGCAGGUGCUGAUGGUGGGGGUCAACUGGGGGGACGGGGGUUCACACCCAAUAGUUUUCGAUCGGAGCGUUUUGAUUGGUUAAAGGUGGCCCUCCCAACGUUCUUUAAAGCUGCCACUCACCUCCGGGGCUAAAUGCGAAGCUCAACCUCGUUCUGUCAGCACAUCUCGUAUUCUUCAUUUGAGCCGGCACACGCUACGAUAUCCUGAUCACGUCUGUAAACAUGGACCGCAUGGAGCUGAAGAAAGUCAACACAGAGGCGGACGAUGACAGCAGCUACACAGAACCCAUGGAUUCAGAGAAGGCCACUAUGAGCAGUCAGUUCCUGGAUCAAGAUGAUGCAGAGAGCCAGAAGUUUCUCACUAAUGGAAUGAUGAUGAAGAAGAAGAAAUAUGAGGAAUACGAUGAAGAAUAUCAUCCGGGUCACGCGUCUUUCGGAAUGUCCGUCUUUAACCUUAGUAAUGCAAUCAUGGGCAGUGGAAUUCUGGGAUUGUCUUUUGCCAUGGCCAACACGGGCAUCAUACUGUUUAUAAUUCUUCUGUUUGGUGUGGCCAUUCUGUCUCUGUACUCAGUUCAUCUGUUACUAGUGACGGCAAAAGAAGGAGGCUCGCUGAUCUAUGAGAAGCUCGGAGAGAGAGCGUUCGGCUGGCCGGGGAAGAUGGCGGCCUUUGGGUCUAUAACUCUACAAAAUAUUGGAGCCAUGUCAAGUUACCUGUUCAUUGUCAAGUACGAGCUGCCGGAGGUCAUACGAGCUUUCAUGGGUCUGGAGGAGACCUCUGGUGAAUGGUACAUGAAUGGGAAUUACCUGGUGGUGUUUGUGUCCGUCGGAAUAAUUUUACCCUUAUCCCUGCUGAAGAAUCUGGGAUAUCUUGGAUACACCAGUGGUUUUUCUCUCUCCUGCAUGGUGUUUUUCCUGGGCGUGCUGAUCUAUAAGAAGACGAUUCUCCCGUGUCCUCUUCCCUUCUUUUACCAACACGACUCAAACAUGAGCGCUAAUGGAUCAGACGCGUUGGGUAUGUUUACGCUUCAGAACGCCUCGGUGCUGGCGUAUAUCUCUGAAACCGCUGUGAACGGACCUCACCUGGAUCCUCGCGCACCUGUCCACGACUCCACGGUUCAGUACACGGCACACCCCGAAGGCGCAGAGGAAAUGUGCACGCCCAAAUACUUUGUGUUUAAUUCUCAGACCGCUUACACCAUUCCCAUUCUGGCCUUUGCGUUCGUGUGUCAUCCUGAAGUUCUGCCCAUCUACAGCGAACUGAAAGAUCGAUCUCGUAAGAAGAUGCAGACGGUGUCAAAUCUUUCCAUUCUAGCUAUGUUGGUUAUGUACCUGUUCUCGGCUCUCUUUGGUUAUCUGACAUUUUAUGAUCACGUGGAGGCUGAGUUAUUACACACCUUCACUAAAGUCUAUAAGUUUGAUACGAUGCUUCUGUUGGUGCGUUUGGCUGUUCUGACCGCUGUGACCCUCACCGUUCCCAUAGUGCUGUUCCCUAUCCGGUCGUCCGUCAUCACGCUGUGUUUCGCAGGAAAAGAGUUCAGCUGGAUCAGACACAUCAUCAUUGCAGCUGUGAUACUGGCCUUUAACAAUCUGCUGGUGAUUUUUGUUCCCACCAUCAGAGAUAUCUUUGGAUUCAUUGGAGCAUCUGCAGCCACAAUGCUCAUCUUUAUACUGCCGGCAGCGUUUUACCUGCGACUAGUCAAGAGUUUACCAUUCAGAUCACCACAGAAAAUAUCAGCGGCCAUUUUCCUGGUGGUGGGCAUAAUCUUCAUGAUUGGCAGUUUGACUUUGAUCGCUAUGGACUGGAUUCACAAUCCUUCCGGUUCUAAAGAAGCUCAAUAAACCCCGCUCACCCCUCACCCAAAGGUGCUGAAACUGAAACCACCUCAUCAGAGAACAUGUCAACAUGGACGUUCAGUUCUGAUUGAACCCUGUGCCUCUCUCUCGCUCUCUCGAAGAUCUCAUGUGUUGUUUUAAACUCUCCUUUCUGUUUUCUUACUACUCAAAUCUCUUCGCCCGCGGGUCACGGGGAGAGAGACAGCGGGUGCCAGCGUCAUUAUCUGUGGGAGAGAACAUUGAUAACCGCCUCAUAGAGAGAGAGAGAGAGAGAGAGAGAGAGAGAGAGAGAGGGGGAGAGAGAGAGUCGGGCAGAAGGUUCAUGGAACAAAAAGCACUUCUGGAUUUGUCUUCAAGACACGCCAACAAAGAUACAUUUUAUAAUCACGUUUGACUUUCAUUAGGCAACAUUAGUGCUCAUUGAUAAUUAGUUUGUUGUUUUUCUUUUAGUGUUUUUUUAAAGAAAUAGUUCACAUAAAAAAUACAACUCACUGUCGUUUUCUCACUCUCAUGCCCGUUCCAAACAGUCAAAUGAAUCUAGACAUGUGCUGAACAAAAAACACCAACAAUGUUAAAUCUUUUUGAUCUUUCAUUGUGUUCAAUUCUGAAGUGAGUGAAUUGAGACUGAAUGUUUUUGUUUGGGUGAACUAUUUAACAUUACCGUGAAAUCACAUUUCCUCUUCGUGAAGGAAAACGGUCCAAUUAUCAAUCUUGGAACCAAAAUGAAGAAGUUGAGCAAACAGGCUGCUUUUCCUUUUGAAGUGAUCCAUAACACCAGAACAGCACAGUAAGAUCAGAUCUGCUUUAUUCAGUGUAAAAUGAAUGGAAAGAAAUGUUUAGGUGAUGCCAAGCGGGCAGGGAAGGUCUGACUCAUUUUAUAUCAUAAGUCAUCUCAUACGAGCCCCGACCUGACGCCUCAAGAGCCCAAAGAUCAAGCUCCCGACAUCCGGUCGCCAAACGAUCCAUGUAGGUGAAGAUCUGAGGUCUUUCUGUGUUGUAUCUCACCACACUUCCUCUCCGGAGAAAAAUAACGUUUACAGACGCGCCUGUCUGCCAUCCGUGUUGAAACGGUUUCUGUGUGCGCAGGUUCUGCUCUGGUCCUGCCAAAGCAGACGAUAUUUAAAGAUCAUUUGGUGAUCUACGUACUCAUAAAGCAAAUAUUUCAAAUGAAAUGGUUAUGAUAUUUUUGCAUGUUUUAUAUCAAAACAUUGUAUAUGGUUUGUAAAUAGUCAGCUUUUUUGGACGUUGGAAAGGGAUGAUACAUCAAAUGUUCACCAGUAGAGUUUUAGUAUAAUAUUUUAGAUAUGGAAGCCAUUGUGACUUCGUUUUUUCUUUUGUAAAUUUGUAGAAAAGCUGUUGUAUUUCUGUUGUUCCUUCUGUUGGACAGUUUUUAUGAUGAACUGGAGCUGUGUGUCUGUGUGUUUUGUUGUUUUUCUGUAUGUUACUUGAUGAUUUUGAGCAGCUGGAAUGGUACUUGACAUCCAUUGUUUCUGUUUGAAGUUCCUCUUUGGAAUAUGAAUAGACGAUAGAUGGGACGAUGUUUGGCAAACAUCCAGCCUUUUUGUAACUAUCAGAUAGAUUGUGUUUAUGUCUCAGCGAUAUUGAGCAGUAUUGUCUUCCACAGUUUACCUCUUCAAAGUAUUGGACUGACAUUUCUUACAUGUGUGAGUUUAAUAUGGAGUUUAAAGUCAACAUGAAAUCACAAAGGACCCUGUUAAUAAUUUAGUCUAAACAAAAAACAGUUUGUCUUCCAUAGUUUUGCAUCAAAGUGUUCAUCUUUUAAAAAAGACUUUUAUUCGUCAUAUCGAGACGCUUACAGCAUUCUUUUAGUGGAUACAGAAAUGUCUAACCAUUUUGUCUCUUGAAUGGAUCGUUUCAUGAAGAACUUCAAGCGCGUUUACUCUCCCUUGAACAUCCCGGUCAGUCUGUACUUUUGUCUCACAGGCCUGUGCCUGUUACUUCCUUCAGGGAAAAUAUGCAGGAGUAUUUCAAUCUGAAUGUACAAAUUAAAACCGUUUACAUGUAUUUUGGUAAUGUGACAUAAACGCUGUAGUUGAAGCGUAGAGGAACACACACUAGUGAGAAAUGACUGUGCACAAAAUGCCUUACUACAAUCUCACAAAAGUGCCGUGUGACUGCCGCUAGCCAAUCAGCCAAUCAAGAGCAGUCGUUGCAUUGGGGGAUUUUUGUAUCACUGAAGCUGUUUCCAUGUUAUGUAACAUGACGAAUAAAGAAAAUGUGAAGCUA